AUGGAACUUCGGAAAUGGGCCUCCAAUGAACCACGAGUCUUCAGCGAUUUAAAUCAUUCGACGUCAGAAAGAAUGAUUCAAUCUGAUAAGGAUCCUAGGACUUUAGGAUUGUUUUGGAAACCGGAAGCGGAUGAGCUUCAAUAUUUGGUUAAAGAACAGGAAAAACAACAAAUAACGAAACGAAGUCAAAUUACCAUCAGAUUAUUAUGCGGAAAGUCAAGAGUGGCACUACUAAAAAAAAUCUCGGUACCUCGUCUUGAGCUCCAGGCUGCAUUACUUCUCUCACAAUUAACAGAGACAGAGAAUCCAGCUGACGUUAUCUCGCGUGGGACUGAAGCAGAAAAGCUACGAGAUCACGAUCUUUGGUGGAAAGGAUCAGAAUGGCUCUCGCAGCCAACGGCAAAUUGGCUCUCUCCUCAAAUGUCAUAUCACGUCGACACUGAACCUGUAUUAGAAGAACUAAAAUGCGAGCAUGUUUUAAUUGUAACGUCGAUGAAUGAUUUUAAUUUACUUGAACGCUAUUCAUCUCUUAACAAACUUGUUAGAAUCACUGCGUAUUAUUUAAGGUUUAUUGCACGUUUAAAAAGGAAUGUAAAACGUCGAUUUGUUAUUACCAAGAAAGUAGAACGUUCAAUGAUCGUCGAUUGUCCAAGUGCGACAGAACGAUCAAGAGCAAUGAAUUGUCUCUUGAAGUUUGCUCAGGCACGAGAUUUUAAAGCUGAGCUUAAAGACAAUGCCGAGUCUAAGCAGGUUUCAAGCAGAGGCAGACUGUAUGCAUUGAAUCCAUUCAUUGAUACAGCUGGAUUGCUCAGAGUGGGCGGUCGCCUAAUUAAUGCGCCUAUAGCUUUCGAACAAAAACAUCCUAUCAUCCUAGCACCAGGUAAUCCCCUUACUCUACUUAUAAUUGCUUAUGAAUACAAUAAAUUAUUGCACGCAGGAUGCCAAGCAGUAAUGUCAUCGUUAAGGACACGAUAUUGGCCCUUAUCAUGUAAAACCAUUGUAAAAAAGUUUAUCAAAAAAUGUGUGAAGUGCUUUAGGGCACAGCCAGUGAGUCCAGAAUAUACUAUGGGAAAUUCGCCAUCUGAUCGUGCCUCUCCGAAUAGGCCAUUUCUCACGUGUGGAGUUGAUCAUGCCGGUCCAUUUUUUGUCGUCGAAAAAUCAUGA